UGCUUAAAGCCGAUUCUGAGGAAGCCCUUUCUCGACCCGAAGCAGUGGCAUGACUCCGUGGGCCUCUGAACCUAACGAGUUUUUCCCACUUACCAGCCCCGCCCAGCCCCUAACCGGGCGAAGCUUGGGCGGGCAGGCGGGCCCGUGGAAGCCGGGUCUCCACGUUCUGGUUAAGCCGCCACGGUCUUCCGGGAGCAGCCCGUCUGAAGUUGACCAGAGCGCUGGUGGGCGGGCGGUACCCAGUCGUGGGCCUCACUGGCCCCCCACCCCUGCGCCGGGGCGGGGCGACGGAGCGGCUUUAGGACCCAGGCGCAGCACGGGGGUGUGUCGCCAGCUCCCUCCGCUGGCCCGCCUGGGACGCCAAGUUUGGGGUGCAAAAGCACGGAGUGAGGAUCCCGGGAGUGUGCGCGUGGGUGCAGCCGUCCGGCCGCCGAUCUCCAGGGCCGCGACCACCAAACACGUGUUAUAUUUCCAGCCUUGAGAGCCGGGCGCUGCUGCCUCCGACAGUCUCAUUUUACGUUCUGCGCGGAAGCCUGCCCACCGGUAGUGGUCCCCGGACUCCUGACUGUCCCCUGCGCGGCUGUUAACAGUCUCCAACGCGGCUUGGACACCCGAGAGCCAGCGCGGGAAAACUCUUCCAACAUGUCUCUGGAUGGAUCCAUUGAGGAUGUAGGCUACCUCAAGUGUGACACAGAUGAUGCCUCUGAAACCCAUGAGGAGAAGCUGGGGGAAGAGGCCUUCGACACGGUCAACUCCUCCAUUGUGUCUGGCGAGAGCAUCCGUUUUUUUGUCAACGUCAACCUCGAGGUGCAGCCCACCCAGGCUGCUGACAGUGAAUCGCUUGAUGGCUGCGGGCUCCUCCACACCUCCCGCAAGUACCUGAAGUUAAAGAACUUCGAGGAAGAGAUCCGUGCGCAUCGGGACAUAGAUGGCUUCCUGGCUGGGGCCAGCAUCAUCCUGAACGAGCCGGCCACCUCGCUGGAUGACGUGCUGCGGGCCAUGGUGUUGCGCGUCGCCUGCGACCCCGACAACGUCGAGCCCAACUGCAACUUGGACCUGCUCAUGUCUAUGCUCUUCACGGACUCGGGGGCGCCCAUGGCGGUCCACCUGCUGUCGGAUACCAUCCAAGGAGUCACUGCCACGGUCACAGGGGUACAAUACCAGCAGUCAUGGCUCUGCAUCAUCUGCAUGUCCAAGUCCCUGCAGAAGCGGCACGUGUGCAUCAGCCGCCUGGACCGCCCGCAGAACUGGGGGGAGAAUUCCUGUGAGGUCCGCUUUGUCAUCCUGGUGCUGGCCCCACCUAAGAUGAAAAGCACGAAGACUGCGACAGAGGUGGGGCGCACCUUUGCCACCAUGUUCUUGGACAUCACCUUCCGCCAGAAGCUCCUGAAGACCCACACAGUGGAAGAAUUCAAAGAGGCCCUGGUCCACCAGAGGCAGCUGCUCACGAGCCAGGGUCCGUGCAACGGGAAGUACUUCAGCUCUAUCAGCCUUCAGAGGCCCCCCCAACAGCACCUGCAGUCCAAAGACUUCCUCCCUGUGGGGAAGGGCAUCCGAGAGGACUUCGCCUGCAGGUUCCCCGUGUACCCCCUGGACUUCACUGACGGCAUUAUCGGGCAGAACAGGGCGGUGGGCAAAUACAUCACCACCACCCUGUUCCUCUACUUCGCCUGCCUCCUGCCCACGAUCGCUUUUGGGUCCCUCAAUGACGAGAACACUGAUGGGGCCAUCGAUGUGCAGAAGACCAUGGCCGGGCAGAGUAUCGGGGGCCUCUUGUACGCACUCUUCUCUGGGCAGCCGCUGGUGGUGCUGCUGACAACUGCGCCCCUGGCCCUCUACAUCCACGUGAUCCGUGGCAUCUGUGACGACUACGAUCUGGACUUCAACACCUUCUACGCGUGGACGGGCCUGUGGAACAGUUUCUUCCUCGCUGUUUAUGCCCUCUUCAACCUCAGCCUGAUCAUGCGUCUCUUCAAGAGGUCAACAGAAGAGAUCAUUGCCUUGUUCAUCUCCAUCACAUUCAUGCUGGAUGCUGUCAAGGGCAUGGUCAAAAUCUUCCAGAAGUACUACUACAGCAGCAUCCAAGCGGACUACGACAUGGAUCGCCGUUCCCUGGUGAGCCUGCUGGGCCUCGGCACCAACCUCAACACCAGCUUCCAUACUGCCCUCAACGCCAGCCUCCUGGGCAGCCCGCCGGAUCUGACAGUGGGCAGCCAUCCUGAGCACCCGGGCCGGGACACUGCCGUGCUCAGCCUCCUGAUCAUGCUAGGCACACUCUGGCUGGGCUACACCCUCUACCAGUUCAGGAAGAGCCCCUACCUGCACCCUUAUGUGCGGGAGAUCCUGUCAGACUGUGCCCUGCCCAUCUCGGUGCUCACCUUCUCCCUCAUUUGCUCCUACGGCUUCCGGGAAAUUAAGAUGUCCAAGUUCCGCUACAACCCCAGUGAGAGCCUGUUUAAGAUGGCCAAGAUGCAGUCACUGUCCCUGGGGGCUAUUGGCAGUGCCAUGGGCCUCGGCUUCCUGCUCUCCAUGCUCUUCUUCAUCGAGCAGAACCUGGUGGCUGCCUUGGCUAAUGCACCAGAGAACAGACUAGUGAAGGGCACGGCCUACCACUGGGACCUCCUGCUCAUCGCCAUCAUCAACACGGGGCUGUCUCUGUUUGGGAUGCCCUGGAUCCAUGCUGCCUACCCCCACUCCCCGCUGCAUGUGCGGGCACUGGCUCAGGUGGAGGAUCGUGUGGAGCACGGACACAUUUGUGAGACGAUCGUGAGCGUGAGGGAGACUCGGCUGACCAGCCUGGGUGCCAGCAUCCUGGUGGGCUUCUCCCUCCUGCUGCUGCCCUUCCCACUGCAGUGGAUCCCCAAGCCUGUGCUCUACGGCCUCUUCCUCUACAUCGCCCUCACCUCCAUCGACGCCAACCAGCUCUUUGAGCGUCUGGCCCUGCUGCUCAAGGACCAGGCCUCGUACCCACCCACCCAUUACAUCCGGAGGGUGCCCCAGAGGAAGAUACACUACUUCACGGGGCUGCAGGUCCUGCAGCUGCUGCUGCUCUGCGCCUUCGGCAUGAGCCCCCUGCCCUACAUGAAGAUGAUCUUUCCCCUCAUCAUGAUCGUCAUGAUCCCCAUCCGCUACAAGCUGCUGCCCCAAAUCAUUGAAGCCAAAUACCUGGACGCCAUGGAUGCUGAGCACUGACUGGCAGGCCCUGGCACACCCUGUUCAUCUGUUCCUCCGGGUCUUCCUAGCCUGGCUGUGCCUUCUCGUGGGGAGGUGUGGGUGUCUUGGAGUGCUGUGCUGUGCUGCACCCCCUCCCAGCUGUCCCGACAGGCCUAGGGCAUCUGUGCCCCGUGGGGGUUCUGUGGUGUGUGCCUGCACCGCCCAUUGCCCUUUGCUUUGGGUGAAACACUGCUCAGGACAGCCUCAGCCCAAGGUGGAACUAAGCAGGACGGAUUUUCUUUUGAUAAAAGAGUCAGAUGCCUGAGAGAGAAACCAUUUCCUUGAUUGUGUAAGGAAUUCACUGUACGCACAUUAGAGAAUAAAGCUCCU